AUGACUGAAUUAAUUCCAGAUUCAAUAUCUAAAAACAAUCCAACAAUUUCAACACCUACUUCUUUUAUUAAUAAACCAAGACCAAUGAGUUUAUAUACAACACCACCAUUAGAUUUUUCAUCUAUUGAUAAUGAUGAAGAUGAAGAUGAAGAUUAUAAUUAUAAAGAAGAAUUUGAUAUAUCUCGUAAAUUGCAUUCAAUAGAUGAUCAUAAAUCUUUUCAAUUUUCAUUUACUCCUCCAAGUUCAAUAAAUUCAACAAAAGAUAAAAUAGAAGAACAAUCACAAACACCAAAUAAAAAUUCAAAAGAUAAUGCAGCAUCAAUAUUUUUCACACCUGAAAAAUCAAAGAAUUUAAACAAUAAUAAAAGUACAAAAUAUCUACAACCUCCACAACCUUUGAAAAAUCAAUCAUCAUCAUCACCAAAUUCAUCAAAAGGUUUAUUAUCACCAUCAAAAUUUUUUAAAAAAUUUUCAUUAAAAUUAAAGAAUUAUUCAAGUUCAAAUGUUGAUAGGAACGUCACAACUAAUUCUACAACUAAUUCAGCUAAAUCAUCACCUAAAUUAAAAUCAAAAUCAAAUAACUCAACUCCCUCAGUAAUGCGAGAAUCUAAAAAUGAACCAAAACAAAAAGAACAAAAUAAACUAGAACAACCAGAAAUUAAAAGUCCAUCAUUAUUCUCCACAUCAAGAUUAUCAUCACCUUCUUUGAGAUAUAGUAAAAGUUUCAAAAGAUUUAGUAGAUAUGAGAAUAGUGAAAAAGAAGAAAAAGCAGAAAAAAUUGAUACAGCAGAUACAGAAGUCAAAGAAAAAAAACUACAUAAACGUCGUUCAUUAAUUAUACCAAGACAUAUUGAACAACCACAACAACAACCACAAUCACCAGCUUCAAAACAAGAAAAACUAGCUUCGCCAAUGAGACCACAAAAACCGACUUUAAAUUUACAACAUCAUACUUCAGAAUCAGAUAUUUUAAUAACCAAAACGAACUUACUAUCAUCUCCAAGAACUCCAACAAACGCUGGAUUUUCUCAAAUUUCUAAUUCUCCAAAAUUUCCAAAAUCUCCAAAAACUCCUAAAUCAUCAAGAUCUGAAUUUUAUAAUGCUUCAUUACAAAAAGAAGAAAUAUGUAAUACAGUUAUAUCAUUUAGUGGUUAUUCAAUUAAAGAAAAUCAAAAUGAUGAUAUACUUGUAUCUUCAACUACUACAAAUACAAAUUCUCCAAUUUCAAUGAAUUAUGAUACUACUCUAGAUUCAUUUGAUUCUUAUGUCCCAAACCAAAUAACGCGUCAUAAACAAUUACAACCAUCACCUCAGGAAACAGAAGAAAUACAAGGAAAACAAGAAAAAGAACAUAAACGAUUACCAUCAUCAACUAAUCAAUCAAGAAGAAAUUCAUACGUUCCAAAUACUCAAGAUCCAAUCUUAAAAAUCAAAAUAUUUUUAGAUCAUUCAAACAACACUAAUCAACCAUUAAAAAUUCAUCAAUUAGAUUAUAUAUCAAUAAAAUUAAGAAAAGAUAAAUUAAAAAAUAUAAAUGAAUUAAUUAAUGUUAUAAUUUUUAAAAUUAUGAAUAAAAAUAAAAUUAUAAAUUUAAAUAACAUCAAGUUGAGUAUAAUAUUUUUAAAUGAAGAUAAUCAAAGUGAUGGUAAUGGUAAAAAUUUAAAUCCAAUAAUUUUAAAAAAUUCUGUUAAAAAUUUUAAAAAUUCAAGUAAUAAUGAAAUUUGUUUUAAUAAUGAUGAACUUUUAUUAGAUUAUGUUCAAUUGAAAAAAAAAAUUUAUAUUAGAGCUCAAUUUUAA